AUGAAUUUAAUAGCUCUCUUGCCUGUUUCCAAUGUUGCUCCUCCAAUCUUUGUAAUACAUAUGGAUGUGGAGAAGGUAUGUGAUUCGCAAUAUAUUUCAUUGCCUAUAAUUGGACGACGAGAAGAAAGUGAAAAGAGAUCAAUGAGCCAUUUAUUAUGUUGUGAUGCAAAUUUGUGUAACAAUGAUUAUCAGAUGAUAGGAACACCAAUACCGUCACUUACAACAAGGAGCUAUCCUUUACAAACACAGCCUAAUGGCACAGACAUUUCCUGUUUCAAAGUGUUCUUCUUACAACAAGAGUAUACUGUAAACCGAGAAUCAGACCUAUUUGUGGCUGGGAACAGUACAGUCAAAAUAACAGUCCAGGAAUUUUCUCAAAAUUAUUAUAAGACUGUAUUGAUUACACCAAAAAACUUUGCAUUUCCCCUUGGUGAUACCGUGAGGAUAACAGCUGAUGGAGCUGGUCAGCAUGGAGCGCUAAUAUGUACAAAUGAUACUGCAUCUAUUUAUGGAUUUUAUGACGCUCGGUACGGUGGUGAAGGAUACUUGGCUAUACCGGCUAAAUACCAAUCUACUAUAUACGUUAUUCCGUCUUUUAAUAUAAUUAAUAUUGGUCGUCGUUUUAAAUCAAGAAGCAUUAUGGCUGUAUCUCCUUUAAACACAAAUACAACAGUGCAUAUUCUGUUACAAAGUGAUCAGGGUCCAAUAACAGUAAAUAAUGUAAAAUAUUCUCUAAAUUCUUCCAUAACCAUGGUACUAAAUCCCUACGAAACCUUUCAGCUUUCACAUACACACGAUUUAACUGGAACUUUGGUGACAUCUUCUGCACCUGUGUUUGUUAUUAGUGGAAGCAACUGCAUUAACACAUAUAAUACCCCAUCGGUUUAUGACUGUAACCCAAUCAUGGAAAUGAUCCUACCGACAGAUCAACUUGACUCGUUAUAUGUCAUUCCAGAAAUAGCAAAAUAUAAAUGGAGCACUGUAAGGGUGUUGUCUAUUAAUGCAACCUCAAUUACUUUCAAAAAUACGUCAAGUGCAAUUUCCAUAUUGCUGAGACCAAGAGAAUAUUUAGACUUUCAACACGAGAAAAUUUCAUACAUACAGUCAUCAGAUAACGUUAUCGUAACUGUCUAUCCUCAAUAUACAUUACCAGGAUUUUUUGAUACUUUCAUGAUGACUAUUCAUGGCGUUAAUCAAUACUUACCGGAAUAUCAUUUUGCUGUACCAUCAAAGGGCUUUUCCAGUUUUAUAAGCAUUGUAGUGCAGAGUAGCGAGAUAGGUGGAUUCAUUCUUGAUGAUAAGCGUAUAACACUUAACAUAUAUAGUAUUUCUCAUGGAUCGGAUGAUUUCAGCACCGGAAGUGUAAGUAUUGAACAUGGGGCCCACCAUAUAAAGCAUUUGAAUGGAACAAAAUUUGGAUUAUGGGUAUACGGUAGUAAACAGUAUGACGGUUAUGGUUAUCCUGGAGGAAUACAAUUUAGAAAUUGA